AUGUUUUCGCAUUUCCGCUCAAGUCCCUACUGGACACCUACCAUUCGCGCUAUAACAUGGUUCCCAGUUGUCAUGUUCUUUGCUGAUCACGGCUUCAGCUACGGCACUGUUCAUGGUCGAUCUAUGCAACCGACGUUUAACCCUGAUAGCAACAUGCUAUGGAAGGAUCGUGUUCUUCUCAACAAGUGGGCUGUUACGAACCAUCAGUUUUCUCGUGGUGAAGUGGUGACUUUGACCUCGCCUACUGAUCCCAAAUGUGUUUUAACCAAGCGAAUCAUUGCCUUGGAAGGUGACACUGUACAACCCCUGAAGCGUGGCAGUAAACCCAUCAAUGUACCAAAGGGGCACUGUUGGGUGGAAGGUGAUGAGGCAUUUCAUUCCAGGGAUAGCAACUCGUUUGGCACGGUCCCGAUGGGUUUGAUCACUGCCAAGGUUACAUAUGUUUUAUUCCCUUUUUCUCGUUUUGGACCAGUGGAUAAGAGGCCGUUAUCGAAACGAGUGACAGUUGGCUUCAUAUCAGGACAUGACGAGGACUACUUGUGA